AUGAAUAUCAUCGUUUGGAAUAGUAGGGGUGCCUUAAAACCCAGUUUUCAAAGUCAUAUUAAGGAGCUGGUUCGUGUUUAUGAUCCUGAUGUGUUUAUGGUUAUGGAAACUCGCCUAGAAGGGGAGAGAGUAAAAGACAUUAUAGACAGAUUGCCGUUUGAUGGAGCGAUCCUUACAGAUACAAUCGGCCGUGCUAGGGGAUUGUGGCUUUUGUGGAAUUCAGACAAAGUAGAAGUCACACUCUUGGCCAAAACAGAGCAAGAAAUACAUGUUACCAUUAAGUUGCAUAGCAUGCCCUGGGUUAUUGCAGGGGAUUUUAAUGAGCCUCUUUCUAGUGCUAAUAAGUUAGGAGGAAGGGAUGUCAACAUCAGGAGAUCACUACUUCUAAAGGAUUGCCUGGACAGAUGUAAUAUGAUUGAUCUGGGGUUCUCAGGUUCAAGGUUUACUUGGAAUAAUCGCAGAGAUGCUCCCAUUCUCAUCCAAGAGAGAAUAGAUAGAUUCUUCGUUAACCCUGAUUGGUGCACUCUCUACCCUGAAGCUAAAGUUUCCCACUUAACCAGGUGCCACUCGAAUCAUUGUCUGGUUCUUCUAGAAACCAGACCUUCUGAGUGGUCCAAACCAAUUGGGCCAUUCAAGUUUCAGAGUUUUUGGCUUUCAGACCCCUCAUUUCCUAUGGUUGUCCAGCAAGCUUGGAGUCAGGGCCAUCACCUUCAAGAUGCUAUCACUAGAUUCUCUCGAGAUACCACAAAUUGGAAUAAAGUCCAUUUUGGCAAUUUUUUGCAAAAAAGAGAAGGAUCAUGGCCAGUACGUCUCUUGCCUUUGCUCCUCUUCAUACCCGCCGCCAGUACUUGGCAAGCUCGCAUCACUGAUGAGGACCGUGACAGUCUUGAAGUAGAAGUUACUGAUGAGGAAAUUAAAGCAGGUCUUUGGUCAAUGAAGGCUUUCAAGGCUCCUGGGCCCAAUGGUCUACACACUAGUUUUUUCCAACAUUUUUGGCUUGUAGUGGGCAGGUCAGUUAUGGAGGAAGUAAAGAAGGUCUUUUGGUGA